AUGAAGAAGCGAAUUCUAAUGAGUGUGUGUGAUCAAGAAAACCUCCAACAGAGCGAAGAGAAAAGGGGCGUGGAGGAGGAGGAGGAGGAAGAGGAGGAAGAAGAAGAGGAAGAAGAAGAAGAAGAAGACUGGUGUCCUUUUCCUACAGACUCCUCCAGUCUGAAAUAA